UUGUGUUUUGUAAUGGUAAGACCAUCUGAGACUGUAGAUUGUGCCAAGAACUAUGUUUUCAUAACACAGGAUCAAGAAGGUACUGAACCCAAUGGAAUUCCAAUUUACGCAGUGGAAAUUACAAAUGAGUGUCCCACUGGGUGUAAAGUUUCUCGUCUUCAUAUUGAUUGUGGGGAGUUCGCCUCUGACAUUCUAAUAAAUCCUAACACUUUCAAACGUAUUAACAUCGGCGAUUGUCUUGUCAAUGAUGGGGAACCGUUGGAGGCUGGUGCUGUUAUCUCCUUCAAGUAUGCCACAACUUUCAAAAUCCCAAUGAGUCGAACUUGGAAAGGGAAAAAUGGGUCUUUUGUCAUAUGUAAAGGGGUGCGCUUUGUAAUUGUCACGGUAACAGCUUUCGUUUCUGCUCGAAUGAAUAAUUUUGCUUUUAACUUCUUCAACAUGCACACUUUAGGCAGUUCUGGAGGGGCCAAGAGACGUUACACCAAGUGUCUUGAAGUCCUCUGCUAGUUUAGAUGUUGUCUUUAUUUUAAUUUUUAUGAAUUUGUCUAAGUUCUUCAAGAUGUUGCAUCAUCUUGAUUUGAACUAGUUUGCAUGUAGAACUCUUUGCAGCUUCAGCAGAAUGCAUGGUUUUAGAUGAUUGGGAUUAUAAUAAUGUAUGUCGUUCUAUUAUGAUUGGGUUGUUUUAUGGUGGUUGGUAUUCUAGCAUUUUGUUUUCAUCUAAGAAAAUAAAAGUAAAAUUUCAUUGAAAUAGUUAUGGACUACCUUUUCCUUUUUCAGUUUCUAAACUUUCUCCAAAAAAGUUGGGUUCUUCUGGAACCUCGACCACUGCAUUGGUUGCCCUUCUGGGUAGAGUCUCUUAUCUGCUUUCUCAAGGGAUUGAUAUCAGGCCCAACCUUGCUGCCAUACUGCGCCUAGCCUUUUUAGACUCUAUCUUCCUUGGGGGUACAUGUUUAGCUUUAAUCUCAAGAUCCUGGUUCAUGAAGCAGGCUACCUCCUUGUUGGUAUGUAAUACUUGCAUUGUUCACUUUAAUGUUAUUAUGGUUUUCUUUUUUAAUACAAAAUCUGAAAUAUGAAUCCCUGCAUUUGGACACUUUUUGCAUGGUUUCUGCAUGUUUAGCAGUGGCCAAAAGGCUGAUGUUCUCUUUAGUGUCUUCUGGUUCUUUGACAACGAUCUUGGCAUAUGACAUUGGCUUACGAGCAUAACUAAUGUUCUUUUACUAAUUUAUUUGGAGUGUACCUUAUGGGUUGCCCAAUUCAUGGAGUGAUUUUAGAUCCAAUUGCUGCAAUGCAGAUGGGCAUCCAAGGGCAGGUAGUCAUU